AUGGUUCGCAGACGAAACGGGCACGGCAGCAAUUUGGAUUGUGAACACAAAAAACGUUACCGUCAACAACAGCGGAAGUGGAGCAGCGUUGGAUUGGCAUUUUCUCCGGUUUCACAACGCGACAAUUCUAAGCGGAAGUGGAAUGUCAGGAAGCUCGAUCCAGAGGCACUGCGAGCUUCACUUGCACGGAGCUGCUCUACCCUACAGAACAUUCCGACUCCGGAUACUUGCAGCGAGACAGAAAGGACAGUGCUAAAUAUGAUGAAGGAGAUUUCUGCCGCAUGUAACGCCUCUAUGCCGCAAUUGAAAAACCGGAGUUUUCACAGGCCGGCGUAUUGGUGGUCAACAGACAUAGCAGAACUUCGCAAAAUAUGCCAUUAA